UUCCCCACCCGGCAGCGCCGCCCGGCAGCUCCUCCUCGUCUCCGCCCCGCCGGCCGCGGGCGCGGGGGACGUCAGCGCUGCCAGCGUGGAAACCACCGCCGGGCCCGGGAGGCGGAAGUAGCGCCCGGGACUGCCGGGCCACCCACCGGACUCCGCCGGCCGCCUCAGCCAUGGACGCGUCCCUAGAGAAGAUAGCAGACCCUACAUUAGCUGAAAUGGGGAGGAACUUGAAGGAGGCCAUGAAGAUGCUGGAGGAGAGUCAGAGUAGAAGAGUAGAAGAUGAAAAUGGGAAGAAGCUCAUGUCAGAGGAUAUUCCAGGGCCACUCCAGGGAAGUGGACAAGAUAUGGUGAGCAUCCUCCAGUUAGUUCAGAAUCUGAUGCACGGAGAUGAAGAUGAGGAGCCCCAGAGUACCCGAAUCCAGAAUAUAGGAGAACAAGGUCACAUGGCUUUGUUGGGGCAUAGUCUGGGAGCUUUUAUUUCAACUCUAGACAAAGAGAAGCUGAGAAAACUUACAACUAGGAUACUUUCAGAUACUACCUUGUGGCUAUGCAGAAUUUUCAGGUAUGAAAAUGGUUGUGCUUAUUUCCAUGAAGAGGAAAGAGAAGGACUUGCAAAGAUCUGUAGACUUGCCAUUCAUUCCCGAUAUGAAGACUUUGUGGUGGAUGGAUUCAACGUGUUGUAUAACAAAAAACCUGUUGUCUAUCUCAGUGCUGCUGCUAGACCUGGCCUGGGCCAGUAUCUUUGUAAUCAGCUUGGCCUGCCCUUCCCCUGCUUGUGCCGUGUGCCCUGUAACACUAUGUUUGGAUCCCAGCAUCAGAUGGAUGUUGCCUUCCUGGAAAAAAUGAUUAAAGACGACAUAGAACGAGGAAGACUGCCCCUGCUGCUUGUUGCAAAUGCUGGAACUGCAGCAGUAGGACACACAGACAAGAUUGGACGUUUGAAAGAGCUCUGUGAGCAGUAUGGUAUAUGGCUUCACGUGGAGGGUGUGAAUCUGGCAACAUUGGCUCUAGGUUAUGUCUCCUCGUCAGUGCUGGCUACAACCAAAUGUGAUAGCAUGACACUGACUCCUGGACCGUGGCUGGGUUUGCCAGCUGUUCCUGCAGUGACUCUCUACAAGCAUGAUGAUCCUGCCUUGACAUUAGUUGCUGGUCUUACAUCAAAUAAGCCAGCAGACAAACUUCGUGCCCUGCCUCUGUGGUUAUCUUUACAAUACUUGGGACUUGAUGGGAUUGUGGAGAGGAUAAAACAUGCCUGUCAACUGAGCCAACGGUUGCAGGAAAGUUUGAAGAAAGUGAACCACAUCAAAAUCUUGGUAGAAGAUGAGCUCAGUUCUCCAGUAGUGGUAUUCAGAUUUUUCCAGGAAUUACCAGACUCAGCUAGCCAUGUUUCUGAGAGUGAAUCCUCCUGUGUUUUGGCCUCAGAUUCAGUGCUUAAAGCUGUCCCAGCACCCAACACGGCACCUUCAGCAGUCAACCGGGAGAGGCACUCCUGCGAUGCACUGAAUCGCUGGCUGGGAGAGCAACUGAAACAGCUGGUACCUGCGAGUGGCCUCACUGUCAUGGACCUGGAAGUCGAGGGCACAUGUAUACGAUUCAGCCCUUUAAUGACAGCUGCAGUUUUAGGAACUCGAGGAGAGGAUGUGGAUCAACUAGUAGCCUGUAUUGAAAGCAAACUGCCAGUCCUGACCUGUACCCUACAGCUGCGUGAAGAGUUCAAGCAGGAAGUAGAAGGGAUGGCAGGUCUCCUAUAUGUUGAUGACCCCAACUGGCCUGGAAUCGGGGUUGUCAGGUAUGAACAUGCUAAUGAUGAUAAGAACAGUUUGAAAUCAGACCCAGAGGGGGAAAAUAUCCAUGCUGCACUCCUGAAAAAGUUAAAUGAACUGGAAUCUGAUCUUACAUUUAAAAUGGGCCCUGAAUACAAAAGUAUGAAGAGCUGCAUCUACAUUGGCAUGGCAAGUGACGACACAGAUGUUUCCGAACUAGUGGAGACCAUUGCAGUCACAGCCCGGGAGAUCGAGGAGAACUCCAGGCUUCUGGAAAACAUGACGGAAGUUGUUCGGAAAGGAAUUCAGGAAGCUCAGGUCCAGCUGCAGAAGGCGAAUGAGGAGCGACUUCUGGAAGAGGGAGUGCUGCGGCAGAUACCUGUAGUAGGAUCCUUGCUGAAUUGGUUUUCUCCAGUGCAAGCUUCACAAAAGGGAAGAACUUUUAACUUAACAGCAGGUUCUCUGGAGUCCACAGAACACACAUAUGUCUACAAAGCACAAGGUACAGGAGUGACACCACCUCCAACCCCCUCAGGCACUCGAAUCAAACAGAGACUUCCAGGCCAAAAGCCUUUCAAAAGGUCCCUGAGAGGUUCAGAUGCAGUGAGUGAGACCAGCUCUGUCAGUCACAUUGAAGACUUGGAAAGGAUGGAGCACCUAUCCACUGGACCCGAGCAAAAUACCCAAGAGAUGGCCCAUGGCCCUGAGCAACCCCCUGGGGAUUCCGUCCCUCCAGCUAGCCAUCCCGAGGCCCUCCAGAACAGGGCCCAGCACCCUGAAGAUAACCACCCACAGCUCACCCUGGGCCCAGCUCAGAAAGGAGAGCCAGAGAAGUCAUCUCUCCCAGUCUGACCAGGCCAGACUGCUACAAUUACUGAAAUGAGAAAACCAGGGUCCAGAGAUCUAAGAUUUACCCAACCUGUAAAUUCUCACCUCUAGUAUUUGCUUAUCAUCUUGCUGCAACCAGAAAUCCACAUGUGGAAAUGGCAUCCAGGAAUACGGGCCUAUCCGAAGUUGCUCAGUCUUUGCAUCAUAAAUGCUAAUCAUCUAAAAGGGAACAGUUCAAGGAUAGGCCAUCAGGAAUGUUACCCAUUUCUCAAACCCUACCGUUACCUGAGCUCCAGUGUAGUCUAGUUCAAAGGCACCCUUCCAGAUGAUAAGCUGCUUAAAAAUUGUGUUUCACAUAAUAACAAAGUUGCCACCUA